UGUUGGUUAAUAUUUAGAGACAUAGAAGCAUUUAAUAGAUUGGGUUAUGUUGGAGUCGUCUAAUUUUAAUUCCGGAAUAUUGGCAAGUACGUGGUUUUAUUUUUAUAAGACCAGGCUGACAGUAUCAGGUAAAUGUUUGACGGUUAAGUAGCAUUAUGUUUCCUUUACACAAGCGUGCAGAUGAUCCAUUGCUUACGAAAAAGCCGAAGCGGCAACACUUAAAAUCUCUUGCUAUUUUGCAAAGUCAUGGUGGAAUAUUCUGGAGUAUUCCUGUAUAUGCUUUCAACAGUGCAUAUAUAGUUGCAGGUUUUCUAGAGCGAAUCACAUUCCGACUGACAAAGACGACGUAACAUCCUGAUUUUGAAGACAUCAAUUUGUAGUCAUGGAGUACUGUCAUAACACUACAAACUUUACCACAGUGUGGUCAGACAAGGGAAUUAACCCAUGCUUCUUUGAAACGAUUGCAUCUUCGAUAAUAUUUGCCUUCUUGCUGAUUUGCGGAUGUAUCCAGUGCUCAAUAUUCAGGAAGUACUCAAUACCAGUGGACAAAAAGAGAUUUAAAGAAGGAUCUUGUGGAUUUUCCUUUCAAAUUAUAUUCACUUUCAUUCUGGCUUUGGAAGCCGUUGUGCAUGUCAUUUUGCAGGAUGUGAUCAUUGAGCCGAAGUAUGUGGUAGGAUACCAGCUACUUACAGCACUGGCAAUGUGUAUCGUCUGGAUGUCGACAAUCCGUCUGCUGCUGCUUGAGAGGAACAGUGCUCUGCCGUCUAUUCCAACCCGUGGACACGGUCUGGUACUCCUGGGAAUCUGGGGUCUGGCAUUCAUCAAAGAAAACUUGGCCUUUGUUUCCUGGUGGAGUCCUUCUUGGUGGUGGUCUCUUAAAACGGAUUCAGACAAGAUGGAGUUUGGCCUGUGGGUGGUACGAUAUGUAUGCACUCUACUAGUGGUAGCUAUAGGUCUACGUGCUCCAGGUGUUCCCAGCAGUCGAUACUACAUGUUGAUCAACGAUGAGGAACAGCAAGGAGGAAGUAGAUCAAGAGUUCAUGAGGGCUCAACAUGGUCCAAUGUACUGAAGAAACUACGGAUGAUGUUACCUUAUGUGUGGCCUAAGGGCAGUUGGUGGCGGCAACUCAUUGUGAUUGCCUGUCUUGUGGUACUGGGUGUUGGACGGGGAAUCAAUGUCCUUGUACCUAUCUACAGCAAGUAUAUAGUGAACAGUCUGUCCCAGGGACCUGUCAGUACUACGGUCGAAGACAAUGUACACAAGCCAGAAUUUUGCUGGAACUACAUCCUCAUCUACUCUGUUCUGAUUUUCCUCAAGGGUGGAGGUUCAGGUACAUCAGGAUUCCUAAGUAAUAUCAGGACUUUUCUGUGGAUACCUGUACAACAGUUUACCACAAGGAAAAUACAGGUGAAGCUCUUUAACCACCUACACAGCCUAUCCUUACGAUGGCAUCUCCAGAGAAAGACUGGUGAAGUUUUGCGUGUGGUUGACAGGGGGACGAACAGUAUCAAUAGUUUACUCAGUUAUGUGGUAUUCCAGAUCUUACCCACUAUCGUGGACAUCAUCAUUGCGAUAGUGUACUUCAUCACGGUGUUUAACUACCUCUUUGGUUUGGUAGUCUUUGUGUGUAUGGCCCUGUAUUUGACGGUGACUAUCGGGGUAACAGAGUGGAGGACUAAGUACAGGAGGGAUAUGAACAAACUGGAUAAUGAACGUAACUCCAAAUCUGUCGACUCUCUCCUCAACUUUGAAACGGUAAAGUAUUAUGGAGCAUCAGAAUUUGAGACAAACAGAUAUGACGAAGCAAUUGCCAAAUACCAGAAAGCCGAGUGGAAGUCCACGGCUUCCUUAAAUCUACUGAACACUGGUCAGAACGUGGUCAUCACUGCGGGUGUUCUGACUGGGUCAUUGCUAUGUGCUUGGGCUGUUGUCCAUAGCUUGAAGGAUUUGAAGCUGACUGUUGGUGACUACGUCCUGUUCGGAACCUAUAUUAACCAACUGUAUGCUCCCCUUAACUGGCUGGGGACCUAUUACAGAAUGAUCCAACAGUCUUUCAUAGACAUGGAAAACAUGUUUGAACUCUUGGAUGAAGAAAAAGAGGUGAGAGAUAUACCAGGUGCCAAACCAAUAGAAACCAGAAAUGGAGAAAUUCAGCUGAAAAAUGUCAACUUUUCAUAUGAACCAAGCAAACAGAUCUUGAAGGAUGUUAGUUUCCAUAUACCAUCUGGUCAGACAUACGCUAUUGUUGGUCACUCAGGAAGUGGAAAGAGCACAAUCCUUCGUCUGCUAUUCCGGUUUUAUGACAUUCAAAGUGGAAAAAUACUUAUAGACGGCAAAGACAUAUCCCUUGUACAACAAGAAUCAUUGCGACAUUGUAUUGGUGUUGUGCCUCAGGACACGGUGCUGUUCAAUUCUGACAUACGAUAUAACAUCCGUUAUGGCAAGUUCAUAGCAUCUGACCAGGAAGUUGAGGAUGCUGCAGAUAAUGCCGACAUACACAGCCGUAUCCUGUCAUUUCCAAAUAAAUAUGAAACAGUUGUUGGAGAGCGAGGACUAAAACUAAGUGGAGGAGAAAAACAAAGAGUUGCCAUAGCAAGGACACUUCUCAAAUCUCCAGCCAUUGUCUUACUGGAUGAGGCGACAUCGGCAUUAGAUACUAAGACAGAGAGAAACAUCCAGGCAUCUUUAGCCCGCGUCUGUGAAAAUAGGACCACUAUCAUCGUGGCUCAUCGUCUGUCCACGAUUAUUCAUGCUGACCAAAUCCUUGUUAUGAACGAGGGCCAGAUCAUAGAGAGGGGGACACAUGAAGAGUUGAUUGCUAAGGGAGAUCAUUAUGCCAGCAUGUGGCAAGAACAAUUAACAAAGCGAGAGGAGGUCUCUAUUCAAGGUGACGAUGAUGGGAAUACAAGUGAAAUCGUAGAGGAUCCCACAAAAAGCUGAUAAUGAUACAUUAAAGAAGAUGGUUCCUGGAUGUUUGACUAUUGAAUUUUGCUCCAGCAAUGAGCUAGGAACCUAUUUAAUAUUGAUCUUGAUUUGAGUGUGUGAUAUUAAUAGCUCUUCCAUUUCUUUGAGAAUUUUAUCUUAACAUUAUCAACAUGAACACUACAUUGUAUUAAAAUGUGCAUGAUUUUUACUCUAUUGUUAACAUUUUCAGCAAAUUCUAUUUCAACAUCUGUGUAAGCUGGUGAUUUAUGAAGUUCUGAAUCAUGUGCAAUAUUGAAAUCUGUACAACUUCGAUUCAUUCAAUAUUGAAUUUUAUGAUCAGCCUGAGAUAUGAUUAUGACAGAUAUCAAUAUUAGUUUAAACUUUAUCUUAUUAUCAUAUGUUGUAGUACCUCAUACAAGGAAAAUGACGAUAUUACAGAAACAUAUGUCUCCAAAAGCGUUUUUAUUUUUACCUAGGGCAAGUUUUAUUUUUUUGGUCCAACAUGUUUUAUGUAUAUCAGUAGGUUGACUUAUCACAUAUUCUUCAUUAAUAUGUCAGGUCUGUGUGUCAAUGUCAGUUUAAUAUUUUAUCAGAAAUAUUAUUGUCACCUUGUUCCACUUUAGAUGUGUUUACUGCUAUUGUUGGUAAAUUUAGGUGUGAAUGUUUUUUUAAAGUGUUUUUUUUUUUUUUUUUUUUGUUAUGGACCAUGUAAUUUAUAAACUAAGUAUGAGUAUUGUUCUGUUGAUCCUAUAUCUUGUAAAUCUUAUUUCCUGACACAAAAUAUAUUCCAUUUACUAAGCAUAGUUAGGUUUUUACCUAAUUUUAUUUAAGGUAAAGUGUUUAAGUGAAGUGAGUGUAAACGUCUUAAAUUCUACAAUUUAUUCUUUAUCAAAGCUGCAUUUUAAAAUUUGAAUCCGUAAAAUAAUGAGGCUCAACACAACCAUUUCCUGCACAAAAUUGUUCAGAAUCUUAUCUACAUCACAGCAGGAUGUGCUGGCUGUUGGUGAUAAUUUUGCACAAUUAGCAAAAAAGUUUAAACAAAAUCUUCACUUAAAUUAUUAUGAUUACUGUUGUUGAAGUAAACAGUAUUACAGGUACUGAUAAAAGAAAGAUGUAUUUAGAUGGAGAUUUUAAAACAUGGUCACUAUCCGAAAGUAUGCCUACACUGUAAAAGCUAGCUUUGUUAGUGCCAUUUUUUUAACCUCUGCUUACAAGGUGGACAUUAUUUAUGCUACAAGGUAUGUAUUAUCUAAUUUCAGUCAAGUUUCAUGAAAUGGAUUACUCUGGUAUUUCAUUUUCGUAAAAUACCUUGUGUUUAAAAUCCUGAAUUUGUUAUUGUUAUUUUUGUGGGUUAUGACAGUGGUAACAGAAGACUGUGAUACCAAAGCAACGUAUUGCAAAAUUAUGUUCUGAAUCGGUUAAAACCUACUCUUGAUUCUGUCAAGCAGAUAUUAUAUUUUUCUGAAAUAAUUUUGCUUACUGUAAUAAUUCUUUUUAAUAGCUAAAAUAAGUCCACAGAGACCACUUGGGUCUGGUCACCUUGAGUAGCUAAUAUCAGGUUAUCAAUUCAUUAUAUUGACCUCUAGUCAUUACUAGCGAUGCGAUACCUAUUUAUUAAUUCUAUGUCUAUCAUAAUGUUUUGAUAAUAAUUGUUUAUUUAUAUAAA